AUGCACAAUCGACCCGGAGCUUUGGGUCCUGUCGUAGGCGGUGGAAUCUCAAAGAAGAAGCCAAAGAAGCCCGUUGUUGCUGCACAGGUCAAGGAUAAGAACAGCCCCAAGAGGCCAAGGAACUCUUAUAUCUUUUUCACUCUCAUGAAAAGAGAUGAUAUCAAGAAGAAACACCCAGAGUUCAAGCCAACUGAAAUUACCAAGAUGCUUGGUGAGGAGUGGCAAAAAUUGUCAGAACAGGAGAAAGAGUCGUAUGGAUCGAUGGCAGAGAACGACAAAAAGCGUUAUCAAACUGAAAUGGAGAAUUAUGAUGCCAAUGGAGGAGCUGCUGCUGCUGCUGCUGCUGCUGCUGCUGCUGCUGUAAACGAAGGCAGCGUUGGAUCAUCCGCUGGCGCUACAGAUCUAAGCAGCGAACCUUGGAGAGGUUAA